GAAAUCAUCACGGUCAUAAUUAGACAAUUUGUUAACAAUUCAAAAUUAUAACAUGACUUCUCGGCUCCAGUCGUAGCCAACACGCGAUUAAUGUCAGACUUUAUCGAGUACCCGAGUCUCUCAGUCAAUUUUUCCUCAUUUAAUAUUAAUAAUCCAUUACAAUAAGUUUUAGAAAUUGAUCCAGACAAUAGCUAAAAUCCCAUGAUCAAUAUAGGGCCAUGGGAAACGAAACACAAUGUGUUUUCCCAUAAAUGUAAGGUACCUACACUUGAGGCUGUUCAGUCGUUUCGUACUGAGGAAGCGGUUAGCUGCGCGCUCGCAGAAAAAGUAUAAAAAGUUCGGAGGCAAACUCAAAGUGUCAUGGCGAAAGCGGUGAUAUGGUUACUAAUCCAGUUCCUCUACAUUGGAAGCAUAUCACCACAAAUAUUGGAGGUCAAAUACACGAACAGCUCAGGAAUAUGUAAAGGGAAUCGACUCUUCAAAACUGUUGCAGAUCUGAAGAAUUUGGAAGGAUGUGUGGUCAUCGUGGGCAGUUUGGAGAUCUUCAUAGAGAUAUCGCAGGAAGAGAGUUUUACUAACAUGACAUUUUGGGAUCUUAGAGAGAUCACUGAAUAUCUGCUUAUUUAUCGAGUAAACGGCUUGGAGUCUGUCGGUAAACUGUUCCCGAACCUCGCCAGAAUAAGAGGGCUAAGGUUGCUGAACAAUUUCGCUUUGAUUGUAUACGAUAAUCCAAAGCUCACAGAGAUUGGACUCUUCAGCCUUAUAAAAAUUGACAGAGGAGGGGUAACAAUGUGGGCGUUACCACAAGCCUGCUUCGUUGACACCAUUGACUGGAAAGUGCUGGCCCCUAGGGCUCGGCAUGUGAUCAGCCCUCCCUUAAUAGAUAUCCCCAUGAGGCAGAUCCAGUGCAGCGUCCCUUGUUCUUGCUCAAGUAAUGCUGCUACAAAUCGGUGUUGGAAUAAUAGACGAUGUCAGAUAUUCCUGGACGGACCGGAGGCUGAUAAAUGCAACGAUCAGUGUCUUGGAUGCCGUAAGACAAACAAGGAUGCUUGCUUCGUGUGCCGCAACUUUACGUAUAAGGGAAAAUGUUUGCCAGAAUGUCCGCCUCACACGAUCCUUCUUCCUGACAAUCAGUAUUGCAUCUCAAUAGAAGAGUGCUUCGAGCUAGAUCGAUGGGUGUUCAACAAUACCUGCGUCUCCGAGUGUCCUAUGGACUAUAAAAUUAGAAAUGGUAACAGAAAAAGACCCACCACCUGUGUACCUUGUACUCAUUGUGAAAUUACUUGUGGUAGCCUAAAAAUUCAAUCUCUAAGUUCAAUCCAAAGUGCAGAGAAAUGUGUUUAUGUGAAGGGAUUUUUGUAUAUACACGUAAGAGCAAUACCUGGAGUACUCGGAGAAUUGAGAAUGUAUCUCGGUCACAUCCAAGAAGUAUCAGAAUACAUAUCAAUUGAAGGAUCCGAUAUAACAACACUCGAUUUUCUGUCAUCAUUACGCAAAAUUAAAGGCCAACGUCUAAAAGAUGACAAAUAUAGUCUUAAUUUCUAUCGUAACAGUAAUCUCCAGACAUUAUUCUCUGCAUCUGUAACCAAAAACCUAACAAUCGAAGCUGGAACAGCGAGAUUUGAUCACAACCCAGUACUUUGUAUGUCCAAAAUAGAUGAAUUGAAAACACGGCUGCCGGUAGAACCCAAUCCCCUAGAUAUUCCAGAAGGUUCUAAUGGAGAUCAGGGAGCAUGUGCGGAAGUUAUAUUUGACUUCGAAAUAACACUAACGGGAAAAUCUACUGCAUUGCUACAGUUUUCACCAAUCUUUGAUGAUAAUAGUACGCAUUGUGUGCUGUAUGUGCGUCUACCGCCUGGAGUCAACACUACGGUGGUCCCUGAAACUUGUAGCGAGUUUGAAUGGCAUUCUUUGGACAUUCCUAUAAUAUCUGAUAACAAAUAUGGUGUCGUGGAACUCAAUGGUUUACAUGCUGCAUCAUCUUACGCUCUCUGUAUCGAAUUAUACAAUGCUGAGAAGGGACGUUUGGUCAGAAGUAAUAUCUUCAACUUUACAACGCCUGUUGGGAUCCCAGAGCCACCAUUCAUUGUGGAGUUAGUUGCAUCUGCAUCCGACGUCGUUGUGUUAAGAUGGGUCGACCACAAAGAUUAUGUUAUUCAUAUCGACUAUUAUGAGUUAGAUGUGACCCUGAUCGACAAUUAUUCCAGGACAUCAAAGGUGGUAGAUUAUUGUCGUUAUAAAGAAGAUUUAUUUGACGCCGACUAUACUCGUCAUGCAUUAGUUCGCAGGCCACCUCCAGAAUAUGCGAGAGGCUGUGAGUCAAUGUGUGGCAUAUUAUCGUCGGUCACUCCUGGUGCGAUGGUAGAGGAGUACUUCGACGUUUGUGAUGAUUCUAAUUUCGAUUGUAAUAAUCAAGAAAGCAUAAUAUCAAGUAAUUCAAGUUUUGGCAACUAUGUACGCACAUUAGUAUUGUUAAAUAUAAGCAGCCCGAGAAACGACUUUCAAGUUGGCGGGCUAGCACCCUUUAGUGAUUAUAAGUUUAGGUUAAGAGCAUGCUCCGGUGGUCAAUGCAGUAGAUCAGCGAGAGGUGUUGUCAGAACAUUCAGCUUAAAAAAUGCUGACAUACCCUCUAUCACCUACUUGCAUGCAAACCAAUUUGGUCAUAUUUUUGUAAGGUGGAACCCACCAAAUGUUACGAAUGGACCAAUAUUAUCCUACUCAGUAGAAGUAUUACCUAGAAUUAAUAUAAAUGACCUGAUGCCCCAAGUUUGGUGCGUGGCGGCUGAGGAAACAAGGAUCUUCGUUCAAUCUGUGAUAGUCUCCAAAUAUUUAGUUAGGGUGUGUGUUAAAACACUCGCAUCCAGUAAUUCUUGUAGUGAUUGGAUAAAAAUUACCAGUGUUACCGAAUCGAAGACGAUUUUGCUGUGGAUCGGCGUGACUUGUGGGAUUUUGAUAUACAUCGCUUCGUUUAUAGUGGGAUGGCUCAAGAAAAGAUUGAGGCAUCGCAGCGAAGUAGUGCCAUUAGUCGAUAGUUCGUCUUCGUUACGUGUCGAGAGCGAGCCGCCGGCCAUGAUGCUAUCAGAUUUCGUGCCAUUUCAUACGAUACCUUUAGAUUAAUGCUGUAUUGUGAUACCGACGUAGCAGUUAUGGAAAAAUAUAUGAAUAUAUGCACUAGUCUUAUUUCCUGGAAAAAGUGUGUUGUUAGUUGGUUCCAUCCCAAAUGUUUUGCUAACAAUUCGUGACAUCUGAUAGGGCACGUUGUCAAAAGAGUUAAUAUUCGCUAAAACGUCCAUUUUAUUUCGACGCUAAUGGUUUUAAUUAAAUUGGUUUCAUGUUAUGUGCGGAACACUCGCGUGUGUCACUUUAACAAAGCCUUUGUGUAAGGAUUUUUUUUGGGCUUUGAAGCCCUGCCUGCAAUUGUGUAUUUUUUUAUAAAAUAAAGUUGUAUCUUUUUCAAUAAAACUGUAUGUUGUUGUUAUUGGAAUAAAUAAGGUUGAUA